GACCAAAAAGGUCAUCGAAGGUACGUUCUACAUCUUGUGUCAUCUCUUGAUGACUGGGCUUAAUUUGUUGCUACCGAAUCACGGAAUAUUUUAUUUUCUGACCAACGCCACACACGGAUACUCCUGCAUGAUACAUAUGUUCAGAAUUGAGAAAAUCCGCAGACCAUUCGUAUCCCGUCGAGAAACGAAUCAUUGCUCUUACAAACGCAUGCGCCGAAUUCGAUCAUCUUGAUGAUUCCCGACACAAUCUGGAGCUCCAGAAUGGCGCGGCGUUGGUAUUGUGCAAGGUCUUGGCUGUGAUAGUAAAUGAUAUUGAUGCCAACUUAAAAAGCUGUGGAUAUGACUUUGAUGUCGAACAUAACUAUGACCAAAAGUCGRCAGGUAGUGAUCAAAGCAAUMACUACUAUGGUGUUGGCGAGGRAAAAAAUGAAAACCAUGAAGAAAAGAAUAUCAAAGAAAAUCAUACAACAUACGAGGAAGAUCAAAGAGCAAAAUCUGGCACAGCUCGAAAGGUCAUCACAAACUCUAACGAAGACGACAGCCGUGAUGACAACAACGACGACGCCCUUCGAAUGAUCGCAACGGCUUUGGAAAUGGUCUUUCGUGGCCAAGCUAUCUUCGUUCAUUCUGCAUAUGACAAAUGUGGAGGCACUCCUACUGAGCACGCAGAAGGACUAGUCGGGGCAACGCCACCGGGGCUUGUGCCCUUGUUACUUAGGCUUAUUGACCGUGCUGAGGGAUUGAAUUGUGGUCGCCGAAUGAAAAGGUACAAUGCCGAUGUGACCCUCGUCAAUACUACCAAAGUCUUGCUAUACUUGUCACGUGUUCCCGAGCUACGAAUGCAACUAGCCAGACAAGAGGCCCUGAUAGAUGUCUUGAGUCGGGUGGCAAAGAACGAGAUUUACACCAAUAAUYAUUUUGAGAAYUCAGAAUUUGGCUCAUCUGGUUGUACCGCACUCAACAGAGAAGCCCAGAUUACYAAGGUGCGUGUAAUUGCAAAUCUCGUGAAUCAAGAAGAAAAUAAACCAUUAUUGCUAAACCAUGGACUAUCAGAAGAAUCUCAUAGCAACGGAAACGACGGUAGCCGUUCAGCAAUUGGAUUGCUCGAUGCCCUUCUUCGAGUUGCACACAUGGACCCGAACAUGAGGGCACGCGAAUAUGCCGGGUUGGCAUUGAUGGAUUUAGCAAGCUCUCCAUCAAAUCAAAUUCCCAUGGCCAAGAAUGGGAGACUUCUUGGAACGCUUGUGAAGAUGAUCUUGGUAGAAACAAAUGCUGGAAUGCGGGAAUCAGCAAUUACUGCGCUACAAAAUCUGGCCUUCGCGAAGGAAAAUCGAAUACUACUUGUUUCCUUCAAGCAUGGGAUUGUUCUAGAGGCUUUGAUCAAGGCAUUGUCUAACAGUGGRAAUGGCUACAAUGAAAAAUCAAGGCGCCGGGCGGCAGGGGCCCUUACUAAUUUGGCUUGCGAAGAAAGCACUGAGCUCAUGGGAAGGCACAAAGGUUUACUACGGAGUUUGGCCAUUGUUAGUACCAAGGACGAGUCUCCAGAAGUCCAAUCUCGUGCAGCCAUGGCACUGACGAAGUUGGCAGCGAGCGUUACGGUGAAAAUGGAGAGUCAUACAUUUGCUAAACCAGAAUAUGAGAUCAACUCUCAAGAGAAUCACCUUCCAGACACUUCCACUGAGAGUGAAGGUAUUUACGCGACCCUCUUAGAUGCAUUGGUUGUCGCAUCGCUCAGUCCCGUCUCAAAUAGUGUUUCUGCCGUCUUGCGGGUCAAGGCACGCGAUCCCGAAAACCGGUGUCUGAUGGCCCAGCACCCUGGGAUCUUGGAUACUUUAGCUGACAUGUGUUUGUAUGAUGACAAUAGGGGUGAUGAAGAUGGAGUGGUWCGUAAUGUUCGCAGUGGUAUAAGGGGCCGAAAUGCGAACAAUCUGUUGCAAAAAGAUGGCAAAGAGACCCAUAUGUAUGAAAUUGAUAUCCUAAAAGAUCGGGACAAUGCAACCCGGGCGCUCAUGCAUUUGACAAAUGAAUCMAAAAAUCGAAUAGUAAUGUGCACCCCCCCGGUCUUAAACGCAUUAGUUCGAGGGGCAUCAGUAACAGACGAAGAAAUUCAAGUCAACAAUACCAAUCAACUCAAACAAAAGCAACUCACCGAUGUUAGGAAUUCGGCCAUUCGAGCAAUCGAAAGACUAGCGACUGAGUUUUCAAAUCGCCGCGUCAUGGCCCACCACGAAGGAUUGUUGGUAGCCAUUGCUCUUGCUACAGAGCGCGAAGCCAAGCUCGAAGCACAUGAACUGAUGAUUGCUGGGGGCAGCUGUGAAGACUCAAUGUAUGGCGCAAGUAAUUUGUCCGUUUCACCGAUGAAAGCGAGAACGCUUCAGGAACAACCAUCUCCUCAUUAUGCAUACCUAGCGAAGCCUUUGUUGAUGAGUUUGCUAGUUGCCAUGUAACCAUSAGUAUCGGAAGAAAUCUGCAACGACGAUUCGUUAGGUUCAAGCCAUUUUCUCGGGCCAGCAUCAGGAAAAAGGCAGACUUUGUGUAACCAAAAUGCGAGAGAUUUGAUUUCCUUCUGAAUGCAUGAAAAUGUGCUGGUGAAGGUAUUUUUAGACUGCCUUCGACAUAACCAGGGUCUUGCAAUAGUGGCAGGAGUAGCAUUGGAGUAGAUGUCUGUGUCUAUUUUGAUAUUAUAACAUAACGCAAUAUUUGAGUGAAAUAAUAUUUCGCUGACUGA